AUCGUCCAACUGGCGGUUUAAGUCUGAGAAGAUGCGCAAACACAAUUUCGUGAUUUUGUUUGUCCGUCGAAGCUAGGUGACUUGGGAGAAUUUUGACACUUCCGUUAACAAAACUUACGAAUACAUUUAUAAUAAACCUUGCUACUUAGACACAUGAAAAGUGUCUUAAUACCAAACAUUGACUCACAUGUGUGGCUGUAACAGACGAUCUAUGUUUGGGAAGCUUCUUAUUCAGCAAAAAUCUAGCUGGCAAUGGACAUAUGACUCCGACAAAACGACAAAUAUGGCAUACAUGUCACUUGGUCUGACGACUGUGCUUGUGAUUAUUCCAGCUCACUUUGCAUAUUUGUUUGGUCGCCAGUUCAUUUUCGGAAUCCCAGAGACAUAUAGCUCGCCCGACUAUAUCAGGAUGUACAUUGCAAGCAAGUAUGUUUCCAAAGUAUAUAUGACUGCUCCCGGAAUCGGGUUCAACCAAAAUAUAACAACACCUGCACAAACGUCCACUACAGUAAUUAUUCCAGGCCAUGUUGUAGCCACUUCAACUGAUUAUUCCAACAAAGUCGUUUAUGUUGAAGCGGACCAACCCGUAUCAGUACAUGUCAUGGUUAGGAAUGAGCACACCUCAGAUGGCUUCCUACUUUUACCCAUUUCUGAUGACGCCAUCGAUUUCUUUGUUGCAUCAUACGAACCCAGAGAACGGACUAGCCAGUUUAUUAUCGCUGCUCUUGAAGACAACACUCGGAUUGAAGUUCAACUGAAAACAUCUGCUGGAGCUAUACCAAUUGGUGGAGGAAGUUACAGCACUGGGCAGAAAGUCUCAUUUGCACUUGGAAAAUUGCAAACGUACUUGGUGCAACAUGAAUAUGACUUGACAGGAACGCACAUAACUAGUUCAAAACCUAUUUCGGUUGUAUCAGGUAAUAAAUGUGCGAAUGUUCCACAUGAUGUAACAGCAUGCGAUUACUUAGCUGAGCAGUUGCUUCCAGUUCGUUUUUGGCAAAAAGAAUAUUUGUGUGCGAAACUCAAAACUAGAAGAAACAACAGAUUGCGCGUGCUUUCUUCAAAAAAUGAUACCUCAGUUCACAUAGGAACAACACGCGUUACACUCAAUGAAGGAGAGUGCUAUGAAUAUGUCAGCUCAAGUGACGCUGUUACAUCAGUGAUAUCAAAUCAUCCGGUCUUAGUACUUCAAUUUUCCGAAGGAACAUCUGCGGAUUCAGUGAUAGGAGAUCCCAGCAUGAUAACAGUUCCCGCUACAGAAUAUCAAGAAACUGAAUAUUUCUACGAAACUCCAACGUCCCUGUCUUACCACCAUGCCUCGAUAACUAUCAAGACAGACCAGGCAACCGGACUACGAAUUGACGGUGCUUCAAUUGACCGUUCAGAUGAACUGAGAACAACAUUAAACAAUAUUGAGUUCAGUAUCAUACGAUUGACUGUCACUGCUGGGAAGCACCAUAUUUACCACAUUGACCCGGGCGUCAGUUUUGGUGUGAUCGUUUAUGGGUUUGAUACAGCCGAAUCAUACGGUUUUCCACUGGGACUCAGUACAAAUGCUUUAUCGCUAAAGGAAAUAAUCGGUUCCUCGUGCUCACCAACCGCCUGGCAUCUUGACAUAGACAUGGAAAAGCUAAGAUACAGAGAUCCAGGUUCUGUUGCUACGGACAUAUAUUUUGGAGAAAACUCUUGCACGGGACAAUAUAUUGGCAACCACUUAAUCUUUGACUAUGACAUAGAAAGCUGUUUGACCACCACUAAGUCAAACAACACCGAGAUUGUCCACACUAACCAACUUGUUUACGCCUACCAUGAUCCUAAGUACACUUUCAUCAUACGAAACAUCAACUGGACGCUUGACGUCAACUGUCACAUUCAAAGGAACCAAUCGGUUCUUAGUCACGUGACCUACAACCAUUCAACAGACGGUGAUCAAGGAUCACUGAAUUCGACCACGUCGUAUGCGAUUCAGACGCAGUUUUUUAUCGAUCCAAACUUCCAACAGGGCAUUUCUGGAAAUCCACUUGACGUUACCACAGGUGCAAAUGUUUUCGUCAAGACCUUUGUGCUGAACGUUGAUUGGACAGUUAAAAUGAGGCUGCAUUCGUGCUACACAGAGCCGACCUUGAACGGCCAUGGUGCCCGGUACUACCUCAUUAAUAACGGUUGCGAAAUGGACGCUAACACCCACUUCCUGUCUCAGACGGACCAUGAGACGCGGUUUGUGUUCCAAGCGUUCCAGAUGAGCGGAUCAGACCACCGCCUGUACAUCAAAUGUGACGCCACGCUAUGUGACACUUCAGACAUGACGUCUUCCCAGCAGUGUGAUCAGAGGCCUCACUGCACGAAGAAAAAAUAAUCUUAAAGAACUGUCUUUCUUAAACAUUUAAAAUUGUAUAUAUAUACGUGUAAUUACAAUUUGCCGUGGUUAAAAUGAUUAACACCAAAA